ACAACUGGCUCUGCUCCCUAGCCAGCAAUUUACUCCAAAGCUACUGAUUGGCCAGGCCACUGACAGAGGGCCGGGACAGAACCUCUAUAUCUUCCUAAAGGAGGCAAAGGCAGCUACAGAUCGUGCUGAAGUUGAGUUCGGGCAGUCCCACCGUCCUGUUCACAGCUUGAGCUCACAACCCAGCAAGUCAAAAUGUGCAAAGGACUAGCAGCCCUGCCCCACUCCUGCCUGGAAAGGGCCAAGGAGAUCAAGACUAAGUUGGGGCACUCUCCUGCAGAAGCCCGAUGCCACCAUUGAUUUUAUCAUACCGUAUCCUGAUAAGCCAGAAAAAGCCUGUGAAGACCCCAAAGCCUUCAUCAGAAGAGGCUCUACAGUGGCGUGAUUCCCUUGAGAAACUUCUUCAGAAUAACUAUGGACUUUCCAGCUUCAAGAGUUUCCUGAAAUCUGAGUUCAGUGAGGAGAACAUCGAGUUCUGGAUUGCCUGUGAGGAUUAUAAGAAGACCAAGUCACCCAUCAAGAUGGCUGAGAAGGCAAAGAAAAUUUAUGAAGAAUUCAUCCAAACUGAGGCUCCUAAAGAGGUGAACAUUGACCAUUUCACUAAGGCUGUGACCAUGAAGAACUUGGUGGAACCUUCACCAAGUAGCUUUGACAUGGCCCAAAAGAGGAUCCAUGCUCUGAUGGAGAAGGAUUCCCUGCCGCGAUUCAUCCGGUCGGAGUUUUAUCAGGAACUGAUUAAGUAACAAUGUGAAAGGCAUCUUGGGAGUUCUUUCCCCGCAACAGCAACCUCUCUCUUUUUUUCCAAUAACGUACAAAGUUUUCCAUAAUAGCUCUAACCUGAAGAUUACCCAACCUGAAUACAUCCCAGGUGUUGUUGCUAAGAUAUUAUCCCCCACAUUGUUAUGGAUAUACUCAAGUUUGACCAGUGUUCCCUAUUUCACAGAAAUACAACCUCAGAAUCUCAGAAUUGGAAGGCACCCACAGAGACUGUCCAGUCCAGUGCAGACCUGAAUGAGAAUCCUUACCACUAUAUUCUUGAGGGUAGUAAUCUAGCCUCUUCUCCUCCUCUUGUAUGAAUAGGACAUCGAGCCUUGUUGUUCACCCAGACCAGUUAGUGCAUGGUCAGAACUAAAGCAAAUAUGUAGACCUACUUAAGAUAUAUAUCUACUCCUUAAUACCAUUAUAGUUACUUAGUAAGAAAUGGCAUUAUCUUUGAAUUACCAUUAUUUUCUUUGGGAAAAGUUACCUUGACUAUCUCUAGAAGUAUAGGGAGAUGGAGUAGUCAGUAUUUUCCAAAACAACGUGGUCUUUUAGCAACCCAAAUUCUUUCCGUAGUUUCUGCUAUCAGCACUAGUGAACUCAUAAUCACAGUAGCCACGCAUGCCCCCAAGAUGCCUGAUAAAGCCCUUAACUCAUGGUACCAAGGUAUUUUAUGGUAUAUUUGUACGCCUGUCUAUUUUGGUAUGUUAAGAGACCUUGUUCUAUUUCUUUCCCCUGUAGUAGAUGUGUCAAAAUAACCUUUCUUCAAACUGUUGGGACAUAGAAAUGAAAUCUGGAAGUCUGAGCAUAUUUGAACCCUGUCUUCAAACAAACUCGUGGGGGCAAUUGAGGUUUUGAUGAUGGAUUUCACUCAGAGGAGAAGGGUUCUGAUGCUAGCAGGAGGAAUAAAAUGUAUGUUGUGCUUAAAGCAGAAAGAAUAAAUUGUUUAGUUUCCAGCAAUCUAUUUUCCCUUUCCCCUCCCUUUUUUCCAUUUGUUUCUGUUAUUGUCAGUCCACUAAUUCUAUAAGAUUAUUACACUUUGAUUCAUUUGUUUCUUAAGGACCAUCCUGAUGUCUCUUUGUUCUUUAAGACAAAGCUAACCUGACCCCUAACCCACCUCCAUGUAUAAUUUUCCCAGGAUAUUUCAUCUCUAUUGAUGCGCCAUUGCUUCACAUUUAGCAAAUGUCAAGGUGGAGGGGGAUGAGGUAGGUAGAAUAGUUAAAAGUCACUACCCACAAUUUCCUUCAGGUCUGCUAUGAAUCUCUCCUUCUAGAUCAGAUGCUCACUUCAGACAACAAUCAAUGACCCUCCCUCUCCCUGGUAUCUUGAUUUGGAAGACCCUUUGUUCCAACAGCUCAGGAAACCAGUAUUUUAUUCGGUGGCUUUAAAAAUUUAGACUUAUAGUGAGAAUGCGAAGGACAUGGUUGGACCUGUUGAGUGAUUAGUGUAGACCAGCCACAGAAAAAGAAUACCCCAGGGCAGACUUAUUGGCCCACAUUUUCCAGAGUAGCUUGUCAACACAGCCAAAAAAUUUGACACCUUGGCCUAUGUGAUUCAGGCCUUAAUGGUGGGGUUAGGGAAAAUGGGACCCUCUUUGGCAACCAGAGGUCCAAGAAAGACUGAAGAGAUUUGGAGACUGGUUUUAAUGGUAUCACAAUGUCCACAAAAAUGCAAAAACAAUUCAGCCAAAAAUCCAUAUAUUUUCUCUAGACUAUACCAAAUGUCAUGCUAUUUGAGCUUAUUCAGAACCUGACUUUUUAGUCUCUGUAUCUGUUUCGGGUCAAAACAGGCAAAACUUGAGUGUUCUCAGCAUAGACAGUGGCUCAGGAUGAUGGAGAAGAAUUGUCAGGAAGGAGGGUAAGAACUGUCUUCUCUAGAAUUUUUCCUGAGCUGUAUCAGCAGGAGGGCAAGGUGCUAAAAGGCUGUUUGUCUCCCAGCCUGUCAAGCCAGCUCUUUUUAGUAGACACCCCCAAAUUAAAUGUGGUGAUGUUUUUAAAUGCAGGACAGACAUCCUCCAAAUAGAUGAAUUAACUGUAAAAGACCACAAACAAGAAAAAAAUGCUGCAACUCAAAUUAGGAAAAAAUAAGUACUUUUAAAUUUCUGAAGAAACUUAUCUGAGAAUCUCUUUUAUUUAAAGAAUCAAACAAAAAGUAUUUUUAAAAAAUCCCUGUGUUUCAAGUGGUUUCCAUAGAAACAUGAUGAAAAUAAUUUUUUUUUCCCAGGGAAGAGGAGGAGUUGAGAUAUUCAUUCCAGAAUUUUUUAAAAAUGUAAUAGACUUGCAUUUUUCCCCUCUUUUCCCCUGAGCAAAUUGCCUGGAAAAGUAUAAAAUUUAAUGACAAGGGAACCUCGUGGUGAUUCCAUUUUCCUUCCUUGUGAAAAUAUAACUGCUGCUGUAAGUUGGCUUUGACUGUGUGAGGCUGUGGAUGGUGAAGGAACCAAACGGGGUUAACAGAAGUGGGGAUCAUGUUUCUCAUCCUACACAAAAAUACAAUGAAGAUGAGCCCUGGAAACCAGGCUUUUUACAGCCUGGGUUUACCAUGAAUUUGAGUUGGGUAAGAACAUGAGCUAAGGCAGUGCUGGGACAAAGAAACAGGACAGUGAUUGUGAAGAAAAAGCCAGAUUAUGUUGUUCCCAUUUGUUUGCUAAAAGUCCUCAUGGAAGUAUUCAUGAGUGGAGACACAUGGAAACACAUUCUUUUUCUAGCUUUCUUUCUCUCUCAACUGAGCUCCCAGAUGGAGAUGUUGUGAAGUGGGUGUUCUAUUUUAAGAAAAGCCAAGGCAAUUUAGUCCAGGCACUGCCCAAAAAGAGCUAAAUGAAGUUAUAAAUGAAGUUCAAGGCUUCUUUCUCCCUUUAGUCAUCUCCUGGACAGAUAAGGUUGCAUGGCAAAUAUGAUUGUAAAGGGACAGGUUGAACCUUGGUGAGAAAAAGAGUUUUUAUAUAGCUUCUCUCUGUGUCUCCUCCAAAUAAGUUCAUCGUAUGCAAAAUUGAGGUUGAGCUAAAGAUGAUAGCAAGGUGGGAGGUAUGAAAACAAUGUGAUUGUUCUUUUUCUCUAAAUCAAGAUUCCCCAAUUCCAGCUCAUUCAAUACAGUCUUAACUAAAGGGCUCCAUUUGUGCACCCUUCAUUUUCCAAUUUCUGUAAAAUUAGAGUUUAUGCCUAAUAUGCAGACAAGUGAAACUAUCCUUUCCCACGCCGCUGAUAAAAUUGAAAAAAAAAAAACAACCCAGAAUCUCCCACCAAUUUAACGAUGGAGCUAAUGUUGAAGCAAUCUGACCUGGAUUGUGAUGUCACCUAUAGUUUAGGCUAGCUAAAGGCUUCUGGCUUCAAGGCACUAGAGCUGGCCUGCUUCUGGGAAACAGACACAUUCUGAUACAAUCGUUUUGGCUUCCAUUCUAUCCUUCAUUCUGUGCUUAUUGCUAUUAGGACUAUGUGACUGACAGAUGGGUUUUCCCUCUUUCUGAAUACUUAAUUUACCUAGGCUACUUUUUUAAAAGGAAUCUUAAAGAGCAUUAAUUUCAUCAUUGAGCCAUAGCUUGUGUGACAUUCGAUCAUCUUAUUGGCCAAAAUGUUUCAGGAAAAGGACUUCCUUCCAUAAAAAAUGUCUUAUCUAGCUGCACAUGGUCCCACUCCUCCUGGCAGACAAGGGUGAGCUAGGGAAAGGUGUGCCAGACAUAUGUGAACCGCCAUCCAUUAAAGGGAAUCAAAGCUGCAUGCUAAGUUUUUCUCACAAAUCACCAAGAAAAAAAAUACUCUUAAUGGCUAGGAGACAAUUUUGAACAACCGUCAGACCUGAUUUAUACAAAGCCAAAAUAUCUGCCUGCUGCCACUUUUCAAAUUGUUUGGAAGGCACUUGCUUCUUAACAAUCAGUGCCUUCACAGUUCACUGAAUGAUGAAAAAGUGGCUAGAUGAGAGCUGCAUUUUAACCCCAGGAAAGCUUCUGAUUACAGAAAAGAACAGCUGGGGACCAGGUGUUCAUUCCUAUUGGUCUAGAGUCAGCUGGAAAGGCAGGAGCUUGUGCUGAGGAGUGGGGGGGAUUGGGGAGUUUCCAUGACCCUUUAAGGAGUUUGAACCCCAAGAGCCUGCUAACUCUUUGAGGGUUCAUGGCUUGGGAUCAUAGUGAAAUUCACCAACCCCCUGAGUGGGACUGUCAUGUGGUGUGAGCCAAGCUCACCUUUCACUUUAGUCAUCCCUCCUGAAGCUGAUGGUGGGAAACUCAUCCUUCUUCCCCAGGAGGCAUGUCUGGGGCCUGCCAGAAGGGUUUGUCCUUAAGACAUCUCAUGUUCCAUCUGAGAUAAUGCUCCCAAAAAUGAAUGGAAGCCUGCCUAAGCUUUUAAGAGGAAAAAAAUCAAAAUAAAAAACCAAAUACUUUAGAAACUUUAUUUUAAUUGUAUUGUUUAACGUUAAUCCAUCUACUUACUCUUUGAUUUUUUUUUUUUACUGAACAAACUACCAAUAUUUUUCCCAACAUACAUGACCAAUUUAAAUGACUUCCUUGUCAGGUAUCUAUCCAUUUUCCUUCCUUAAACUUCUCAUUUCUUCCCCAAGACUGCCCUUUACCUCCAACCUAUCCCUUGGCAAGGGGAAAUAGAGAUAGUGGAUGGGAACUAGCUAUCUGGAUGAAACAAUGGGUAACUUUAGGAACCCUCGUUACUAUAAAGGAAAAAGAUCAAGUCCCAUUGACAUAGGCCAAAUGGAGAGUUGGAGAAUUUGACAGUGGCUUAGUACAGUAGAAUGAGGUCAUCUUGAUAAAUUUGGUUAAAGGGGCAUUUUCCCCUCCUCAGAAGCAGGACUUAAGGGGAAGGGAGAGAUGGCCCCCAAUUUGAUAGUUGCUUCAACUCUCAAUCUCACUUUCCUUUUAGUUCAUACAACCCAAGUACUUGGGAAGGGGUUUGGAAAUCUGUGAUCUGACAUUUAUCCAAUGAUCAUCUACUACAGGGACAUUUGUACUUUCCUCCUCAUUUUAUUAGCCAAUGUUUUAUGUACUCUGACAUACAUUGUGAUCAAUAAAACACCAAACAUGUAUUCUGUAAUCAUAUCACAUAUAUUAUAUCAUAUAUUAAAUUCAUAUCUAUAUGUUAACAUUA